CGGAGGUCACGUGACGAUUCUCAUCGAACUUCUUCCGCACCUCGGCGGCGGACUGCCUGAGCAUCAACGUGUCGCCAGCGAAUGUCUUCCGAGUCGCUCUCAGCAUCGCUCUAUACGCCGUCAAUGCUGCCUCGCUCCCCAUUCCUGUCUUACUACGACGUCGUUUUCGAAUCACCCUUCACACUAUCGAUCCAAGAUGACUACAAAAUUGGAACCCCAAAUCGCAGCGCCGAGCGACUAAGAAAUUAUUUACCAACGUUUUUGGUCCAAUCAGCAGAUCUAACCGCAGACUCGGCAUCGAAGGAGGAUCUGCAGCAGACAAUGGAUUUGAGGAAGAGGAAGUGGAUGAUCUCCAACCGCGAGUCGGCGUGGCGGAGCCGCCUCCGGAAGCAGAAGCACAUGGAGGAGCUGAUAGCUCAGGUGGCCAAUCGUUUCCAAAUUCGACGCCGUUGGCCUCAACACCACCGACGUCGUUGCUCUAUCAGGCGGCCACACGAUCGGGUUAUCGAGGUGCGCGCUCUUCAGCGGCAGAUUGUCCAACUUUAGCGGUAGCGGCGCGCCGGACGCGACGCUGGACAACAGCUUGAUCCCGGAGCUCCGAUCGGUGUGCCCCAUCAACGGCG